AACAUUAUGUUACUCAAUAUGGCCGCCAAAAGGGAUUUGUUGCAAUUAAGAUACGUAGUAAAACUGAUCAUAAUGGGCAUUUAACAAACCUGUAUUAUAAAUGUGAAUUUGGUGGAACAUAUCAAUCAAAAAAGACUAAUAACUUACAAAAUCAACAUAAUAAAGGCUCUAAAAAAAUUAAUUGUGAUUGGAAAGUUAACUUGUCAUCUGCAACUAGUAUGAUUCGUAUCACUAGUUUUAAUGAUCACCAUGUUGAGCAUCAACUUUCACCGGAUACAAAUAUUUUUGCCCCAGUAAAUCGCCGGUUUUCUGAUGAUUGUCGUGAAGAAAUUCGGCACUUGGUAGUAAAUGGUCGGUGCGACUUGUCGACAAUAAGGUCUCUUAUAUCCGCUAAAUUCCCUGACCAGCUUUUUUUAACACGUGAUCUUGCCAAUGUUGUGGCACAAUUACGACGAGAACAUAAGGUGGAAGGAAAUGAUGCGUCUAGGCUUUUAUCACAACUCUAUGAAUAUAGAGAAAAGGACUCUAAUUGGUAUAUUGAACCCUUAAUCGAUUCUAUUAGUAAUCGUCUUCGUGGAAUUUUUUGGAUGGACCCGG